CCAAUGCGGGAGGAUCUUGCUCUCCCGGCCCCGCCCCUGGCAGGAGCUACGGUCGGAAGAUGGCGGCGGCCGCCGAGCUAACGCUGCUGGAGAAGUCUUUGGGGCUGAGUAAAGGGAAUAAAUACAGUGCCCAGGGCGAGCGGCAGAUUCCAGUUCUUCAAACAAACAAUGGUCCAAGUCUAACAGGAUUGACUACUAUAGCAGCUCAUCUAGUCAAACAAGCCAACAAAGAGUAUUUACUGGGGAAUACUGCAGAAGAAAAAGCAAUAGUUCAGCAAUGGUUAGAAUACAGAGUCACUCAAGUUGAUGGACACACCAAUAAAGAGGAUAUCCACAUUCUGUUGAAGGAUCUUAAUUCAUAUCUUGAAGAUAAAGUCUACCUUACAGGGUAUAACUUUACUUUAGCAGAUAUCCUGUUGUACUAUGGACUUCAUCGCUUUAUAGUUGACCUGACAGUUCAAGAAAAGGAGAAAUACCUUAAUGUGUCUCGCUGGUUUUGUCACAUUCAACAUUACCCAGGCAUCAGGCAACAUCUGUCUAGUGUUGUCUUCAUCAAGAACAGACUGUAUACUAAUUCCCACUAGAAGCUAUCCAUGCCUACAGAAGAACAAUUAAAAAUGUUUUAAAUGGAAAAUGUACUCUGGACAACAGGACUAAUGUAAAUUGAUAUGCAGUCAUUUUUUUAUUUGUUGAAGAUGAUAGAACUUUUAAAGUAUAAAUUUGUGUCCUAAUGUUUUAUUUGUUCUUUAGUUGAAGUUUUAAAAUUUUUUUAUGUAAAAAUUCAACUGCUAUCCAAACCCAGUUUAAAUCAAGUUAUAAAUUAACCUUGUUUUUAUAGAUUACAUUUAUUUUAAUAAAAAUUGUAAAUCUGUGGCUUAAUCUUAAAAAAAAGAUAGUCCUUUCAGUGGUUGACAUAUUUGGCUAUUUAUUAACCUCUCUUUCAUUUUAUAUUUUAAAAAUUAUUUUCCCCUUAUGGAUAUUUGUGGUAGUGUGUUAAGAACUAUGACAAAUUGUGCCAAGGAAACAAAGGGAAGACAGAUGGAUUUGUUUUCAGAUAUUUAUGUGAGCUAGUAAAUGUUAUUGAAAAAA